CCUAGCUAAUCACCAAAACCCUCUGCCCUAACUGUUACCCUCUCCAACAAAGGAGAGGUGCGUUACGGCAUGGUGGAAUAGAGUCCGACAAAGUCGAUAGCCCCCGGCAAAAAGCAAGUUCUCUCCAGCGAAUCCUAAGUAUGCGGUACAUAAUGUUAUCAGCAAGUGUGAAUGAUAGCAUCCGAGGUUCAUCUCUGAAAUUCAUAAAUGUUGUAUGCUACUGUCAGAAGAGGGUUCUUGUUAGAAUAUCCGAGAAUGUUAAUAGCAAACACAGGUUGCACUAUUGCUGCCCCAAUGCACCUCAUGAAUGUGGAUUCUUUUCUUGGUGUGACCCUGUAGAAGAACCAAGAGUGAAUCUUGUUACCCAGGACAACAUCAACCCAACCUUUCACAAGACAGAUGUCAGUGAGAUAAGUCAAGAAAAUCGACAAAUGAAGGAAGAGAUUCGUAUCCUAAAGAAAAGAAUGAAGAAAUUCGAGAAGUAUGUUGGGACACUACAGAUUGUGAUAGUUUUGCUUGUGGUGGUCAUUGUAGUCAUGUUUAUGAGAAAAUGAAUAAUUAGGAAAGAUGAUAUAUCAAUUGUAAAUCCCCUUUUUUUUUGUUCCCCCUUUUUCCCUAAUCAUUGAAGGAGUACAUUUUGGGUUUAUAUCAAUGGUUUUAUUAUGUUCAAAAUCGUAUGUUGCAA